AUGGAGUUGCUGAAUCCUGUUGCUCUCAAGCAGUUCAUUGAUGAACAGGUCGAGCGGAUCCGAGCUCCGCUACAGCUUCAGCCGCAGUUCCUCAACCACCAAUUUCUGGAGUCACAAGUGAACAAGAUUUUGAGUCGAAUAUACACCCAUGUCAAUAACUACUGUGACAAGGCGUUUCGAGAGGCGUUCACCGAGAUGUUGGUGCAAUUAAUAAGUGAUCAGAAACGUGAAGAGUAUGAACAGCUUGCCAAAGCGUAUGCUGAGUCGAAAUUGCUUGUGGACUACGUGGUGGCGCCGGUGACAAAAGUACCCACGGGGUUGACUCCCGAACAAAAGCUAGCGAAGAUGCAGAAAGUGAUCGAGGCGCUUCCUGAAGCGAAGACCAUGACCGGUAGUGCGCGUUCAAGGGCUUACGGCCAGGCCCGAGCAGAUUUGAUUGAGGCUUAUACCAAGAUGAGGACAAAGCGAGCCCAGCUAGAACGAUUACGAAGUCUUCACCAACAACUUCGAGGUAUCACCGCGAUCGUAAAGCCUAAAGUGCUGUCAGGAAUAUCUAAUGAUGCCCUCGACAGUGAUGAAGAAGUCGAGCGAGCCACCACGGUGGGAGAGUACGCUGAUCCCGAGCCAGAGAUCAAACAGUUCAUUCAGUUAGUGGACACGAAGAUCGUACAGAAACUGACAUGA